GCACAAUUGGGAGAAGCUCAGGACCGUCCACUAGUCCUUCACAAUGUCGACAACGAAGGCCUCGAAGUACUACCCGGCGGAGGAUGACACUCAACCCAAGAAGACCCGCAAGACCCUCCACCCCACCAAGUACCGCGAGUCGCUCAAGCCCGGCACCGUCCUGAUAUUACUUGCUGGCCGUUUCCGUGGCAAGCGCGUGAUCCUUCUCAAGCAGCUCGCCGGUGGUGCUCUCCUCGUUACCGGACCCUUCAAAGUCAACGGCGUUCCUCUGCGGCGCGUCAACCACCGAUAUGUCCUCAGCACUUCUACCGUCGUGGACAUCGAAGGCGUCGAUUCGAAGGUGAUAGAAAAGGUGUCCGAGGAGGGCUACUUCACAAAGGGAAAGGAGUCAAAGGCGAAGGGCGAGGAGGCCUUCUUCAAGCAGGGAGAGAAGCCGGAGAAGAAGCAGGUGGACAGCAGCCGCGCGGAGGACCAGAAGGCCGUGGACAAGGCUCUGUUGGCUAGCAUCAAGAAGGUGGAUAACUUGUCACACUACCUUGGCUCGAGCUUCAGCCUACGCAAGGGCCAGCAACCGCAUGCGAUGGUGUUCUGAGCGGACUCAGAGUAGCAGUGGAGCAGGGAUACUCGGCGGUGCGCGCGAGCUUUGCAUGACAAGGAAAUCAGGCACAGCACUGUCUUGGGGGUUGGCGUCCUUUUUUGUGCACUAAACUUGCCCCGGAGGUCGAAUGCGAUUCUCUAAAAAAGAAUGGGUCACAAAUCAAAUGCCUCCUAAGCACAUUAUCAAACACAAACAAAUGAGAACCACUGGCAAAAUUGGAGCUUCUUAAUUUAUAGCUUGGUGUUGGAUCAAACAUACGCUUGUCAUUUCUCGAUCACUGGUGACGGAAAUUGUUGCUCCACGUGGGUAUAUGCAUUCAUCUUCAAAUAUCAUUCCUUUACAUGGUCUGCUUUCGUCCGAUCUGCUAAUUGAUCCCUGGGGUACUACCAAAUUCCUGGUAAGGAAGUUUAGCUCCACCGACUCCGGACGGUCAAUAUAACGUUUAC